AGACGUGGGCUUGCGGACUGAGUGCGAGCGAGGAAGAAAGUGAGAGAAAGUGGAGAAAGAGGCAGCGACGGAGUGAGUCUCGAACAGUCCUUCCUCGCCCUUCCAGCCAGCCACACACCGUCAACCACGCUCUCUCAGCCCAGCAAGACGGCCACCUUGUCAACCUCUCUCCGCCAAGAAAACCUUGUCUGCAGCACAACCAACUCACGCCGUGGCUUCAGAUUCGCGGAUUCAAAACUGCAAAGCUUCUUCGUGCCAACAAACCCUGUCAUUCUCUAAUGUUUCCAGGAAAUGGUACAUACACGGUUUUCCGGAGGACUUAUUGUGCCAUAAGUCAUCUUCUUCUCGUGCCAAGAGAAACAGUUCACGAAUUUCAUAAAACUGCAGCAGCAGGAGUAGAAGUAAGUUAGAAGUAAGUUGCAGUGUAUGUAGUAGGACUCCUUGCACCACCACUUUUUUGCACCAUUAUUGUCAGAACCAUUGGCAAAAUAUCUUGCCGCCACCACUUUCCCCCUCCCCCUGCAAAAAAACAAGUGUAAACCAUCUGGUCCAACUCUCUCCCAGCCUUGUUCUUAUCGGGAGGCUAGGCUAGAACUGGUUCGGAGAGUGGAGAAGGCCAGAAAAGGCUGAAAGCUCUCUAGAUUCUAGAGAAUCAACGCUCGUGUUCGCCUGGUUGAAGUGAAGCUGAGAGUGGACCACGAAGGAACACGUCGUACGAAUGUAUGCAAGCAAGCAGGAAGUACUUUUCUGACUGCUCGUCUUCUCCUUAUUUGGAUUGGUUGACCUGAGGAGGAGGGAGAAGAAGAGACGGAGAAAGUGGCGGUGCUGCUGCUGUUGACUCUGCCUGGCUCCAAGAGGAGAAAGUGGAGAGAGAGUGAGUGAGUGAGAUAAAAGUUUAUGAGCCUUUGCCUCCAUCUCACAAAUUCUCCCUAAACAAACAGAACAAAGCCAAAACUCCACCACUUGACGGACCAAGAAGACGAGAAGACGAGUCAGGCUCAAACUCGGAAUCCACUCCAUCCUGGGUGCGCUUCACGCUGGAAUGCACAUCCCCCUCUUUCCCCUUCACAAAGUAAUCGUGAGUUCGUGAUCAAAUCCUACAAAAGGACGAAAUCCAUCCCAGAACGGCGGGCGGAACUGGCUGAGCAACAGAUAGACCGGACGAAAAGUGUGUGCUGCCAGGAGGACGACAUGAUUUCAGGACCAACAUGGUGAUUGUAAUUAAGAAUAUGCCGAAUGAAAACAUGACACCAGAGCCAGACUGGUAAUACCGAGUGGAAGAAGGCAACAGUGGCUUCUGCAAAAUGUGGCUCGUCGUCGUAGUGCGGUGUGCUCUGAACUUAUUGCUCGUCAGCUCAUCCCUCGUGCACGUCGAGGCCGAGAAAAUUCCGCUGGGUGCUGUCUUUGAGCAGGGGACAACACAGACGCAGACGGCCUUCAAAUAUGCCCUGGCCGUGCGGAACGGACCAGAAGAACAACGUCGUGGUGACGUCGAAUUCCAAGCCUUCGUCAACGUCAUCAACACGGCAGACGCAUUCAAACUGUCCAGAAUCAUCUGCCACCACUUCUCCCGCGGGGUAUUCGCCAUGGUGGGCGCCGUGAGUCCGGAGUCCUUCGACACCUUCCAUUCCUACGCCAACACCUUCCAGAUGCCCUUCCUCACUCCCUGGUUCCCUGAAAAGAUGGUGUCCUCCAUGCUUGACUUUGCGACGAGCAUGAAGCCAGAGUUCCACCGGGCGCUGAUUGACACGAUCCACUAUUACGGCUGGAGAAGCAUCAUCUACCUCUACUGCAACAUGGAGGGGCUGUACCGCCUCCAAGGGCUCUUCCAGGAGCUGGCCCUCACCAACGAGUCCAUCCACAUCCAGGUCGUGCGUCACGUCUCCUCCGCCGAACAGGUGCUCGCCAUCCUCGUCCAGGUGGAACAGGCGAACAGGUUUGGUCACAAGUACGUCGUGCUGGACUGUCCCGUGACGCUGGCCCAGGAGGUCAUCGUCACUCACGUGCUCAACCCCACGAUGGGCCGUCGCACGUACCACUACCUCAUCUCCGGCCUUGGAAUGGACGAGCCCUGGGAGUCUUCCAUCGUGGAGUACGGGGCUGUGAAUGUGACGGGAUUUCGGAUCGUGGACCCGGGCAGGAAGGUCGUGCGCGACUUUAUGAGCAAGUGGAGCGCCCUCGACCCCACCAACUUCCCAGGAGCUGGAAAACCCUCCAUUUCGGCGAACGCUGCUCUGAUGUACGAUGCGAUCUCCGUCCUGGCCGAAGCCUUUGGCAAGGUGUUGCGGAAGAAGCCGGAUUUCUUUGUUGGCGGAUCCAUCAGCACCACUUCCGGCGGAGCCAUGAGCACCAGCAACAACAAGACCCCGACAUUCCCGUCCUCCUCGUCCUCAUCGACGACGACGACGAGUUUCAAUACGACGAUGCGAGAAGUUCACUGCGCCACGGGCCGGGACUUCACCGACUCUCCCGUCCCUUUCGAGCUGGGUGAAAAGAUUUCAAAGUUUAUCAGAAAGGUGGAGUUGGAAGGGCUGACGGGCACCAUCCGAUUCACAGAGGAGGGACGACGCCACAAUUUUUCCGUCGACGUGAUGGAGCUCUCCGUUCACAGCACGAAAGUGAAGAUUGCUGAGUGGAGUGACACGCAGGGUUUUGUCAAGAUUCCCCCAAAGUACGUGCGACCCACAACGUUCUCACGGAUUCAGAAGAACCGCACCUUCAUCGUGACCUCCAUUCUGGAGGAGCCCUACCUCAUGCCAAGGACGCCGGAGAAGGGGGAAGUCCUCACAGGCAACGAUCGCUAUGCCGGAUUCUGCAAAGACCUGGCCGACAAGAUUUCAGACAAGUUGGGAAUUCAGUACGAGAUGCAGAUCGUGAAGGACAACAAGUACGGGAACGAGAACAGGAACGGGGACUGGGACGGGAUGGUAGGAGAGCUGAUGCGGAGGGAGGCGGACAUUGCCAUCUCACCGUUGACCAUCACUUCCGAGCGGGAGCGUGUGAUCGACUUUUCCAAGCCCUUCAUGUCCCUCGGCAUCUCAAUCAUGGUUUUCAAGCACCCGAAGCGAUCCCCCUCCGUCUUCUCCUUCAUGAGCCCCCUCUCUAACGAAAUCUGGCUCUGCGUCUUCUUUGCCUACGUCGGCGUCAGCAUCGUCCUCUUCCUCGUUUCCCGGUUCAACCCCAACGAAUGGAAAACGGGGGCCGAUGGAACCAUGAGCACAUCCUCCGUGUCGAACGACCCCAUGUGGUUCUCUUUGGCGGCCUUGUUGCAACAGGGGUCGGACACGUCGCCGCGCUCGACGGCGGGUCGGAUUGUGGGCGCGGUCUGGUGGUUUUUCACCCUCAUUCUCAUCUCGUCGUACACGGCUAAUUUUGCCGCCGUCCGCACAGUCAACCGCAUGGUCACACCCAUCAACUCGGCCGAGGACCUCGCCGCCCAAACCGACGUCGAGUAUGGCACCCUCGAUCGCGGAUCCACCUGGAACUUCUUCAGAAGGUCGCAAAUGCAAGCGUACACCAAAAUGUGGGACUUUAUGUCAGCUCGACCUCACGUCUUUGUCCGCACUUAUGACGAUGGGAUAAAGCGAGUGAGGGAGAAGAAGGGAAAGUACGCGUUGUUGGUCGAAUCCCCAAAAAACGACUACACGAAUGAGAGGCAGCCCUGUAACACGAUGAAGGUGGGGAGAAAUCUGGACGCGAAGGGGUUCGGCGUGGCCACCCCACUCGGCUCACCCCUCAAGUAA